AUGUCGAUACCGGUCUCGUCACUUCUCACAAAUGGCACUCCCGCACCUCCACGCGAUCGGUGGACCUACCUCGACCGCAUGUUAUCAACCACGUCACCGUACGCGGGAGAGGAAUUCGUCCCAGGAGAAGAGACCAUCAACGCCCUCGAAUCGUCACGGGUCCUCGUGAUCGGCGCCGGCGGGCUGGGAUGUGAGAUCCUGAAGAACCUUGCCCUGUCCGGCUUCAAGGACAUCCACGUCAUCGACAUGGACACCAUCGACGUCUCCAACUUGAACCGCCAGUUCCUCUUCCGCCAAUCCGACGUGGGGAAAUCGAAGGCUGAAGUCGCCGCGGCGUUCGUGGAGAAACGCGUGCCCGGCGUCAAGAUCACCCCCUACAACGGCAAGAUCCAGGAUAAGGACGAGGAAUACUACAUGCAGUUUAAGCUCGUCAUCUGUGGCCUCGACAGCAUCGAAGCACGCCGCUGGAUUAACGCUACCCUCGUCGACAUGGUGGACAUGGAAAAUCCAGAGUCCCUCAAGCCCCUGAUCGAUGGCGGCACCGAGGGCUUCAAGGGCCAGGCGCGAGUCAUCCUCCCCAGCCUCACAUCCUGCAUUGAGUGUCAGCUAUCCAUGCACGCCCCUCGCGCCGCGGUGCCCCUGUGCACGCUGGCCACCAUCCCGCGCCAGCCCCAACACUGCAUCGAGUGGGCGCACAUCAUCGCGUGGGAGGAACAGCGCAAGGGCGAGACGCUCGACACGGACGACCCGGAACACAUCUCGUGGCUGUACGCGACCGCACUGAAACGCGCCCACGAGUUCAACAUCCCCGGGGUGACGUACUCGAUGACGCAGGGCGUGGUGAAGAACAUCAUCCCGGCCAUCGCGUCCACGAACGCCAUCAUCGCGGCGAGCUGCUGCAACGAGGCCCUGAAGAUCGCCACGGGCUGCGCGCCCUUUCUGGAAAACUACAUGAUGUACACCGGCGACUCCAACGAGGGCGGCCUCUACACGUACACCUUCGCGGCGGAGAAGAAGGAGGACUGCCCCGUGUGCGGGAACCUGGCCCAGACGCUGACCGUCGACCCGGAGUGGACGCUCGAGGACUUCCUCGCCAGUCUCGCGGAGAGGGCCGAGGCGCAGCUCAAGAAGCCCAGCAUCCGCACCGAGGCCAAGACGCUGUACGUCCAGGCGCCGAAGAGCUUGGAGGAGCAGACGAGGCCGAACCUAGGGAAGAGGAUGAGGGAGCUGGUGAGCGACGGUGAGGAAGUGGGCGUCAGUGAUGCCGCGUUUAUGAUCAGUUUCAAGUUUCGGCUGGUCUUCAAGAAGUGA